GCUGGCUCCUCCUUCCCCCUCAUACUUGGAGAGGGAGUUGGUGUUGUGGAUGUUGGCCAAUCAGCGACUGAGACAGGCUGAAGGCAUGUUUGCUUUUAGGAAGUGCCGUCCAGAAAUAUGGCUUUGGGUUGUCUAUGGGCAGGGUAAAAGGAGGAAGAGAACGAGGCACCAACGCUGCUAUGGAGAAUCUUCUUCUCCCUUAAAGAACUGAGGGGCUAAUGCUGAGGACUCAAUGCCCUGGGAGGGCACAGUCUGUGGAAGAAAGAUCUGUACUAAACAGUCAAGGUGUGUAGUUCCUCAGCCUGCUUUAAGAACAUGAGUUGUACCAAUGCACAAUGGAUGUCUGAGCUGCCCCCUGAACUCUGGGAUGUCCCUCUUCACCAUCUUUCCAUUCCUGGGAGCCAUGAUGCAAUGACCUACUGUUUGAAUAAGAAAUCUCCCAUAUCUCAGAAUCAAUCAAAGCUGCUACAGAUGUUAAAUAAAGUGAUUCCUUGCAUCACCCGUCCGAUAAUAUUAAAAUGGUCAACAACACAGGCAAUGAAUAUAACUGAACAGCUGGAUGCUGGAAUCCGGUAUUUUGAUCUAAGGAUUGCUCACAUGAUUGAUGGCUCCGAGAAGAAUUUGCACUUUGUACACCUCAUAUAUACGACAGCUUUAGUGGAGGAUACACUAACAGACAUUUCAGAGUGGUUACAGAAUCACCCUAAGGAGGUGGUGAUAUUGGCCUGCAGGAAUUUUGAAGGAAUGACUGAUGAACUUCAUCAGUAUCUUGUCACCUGCAUAAAAAACAUUUUUGGAAAAAUGCUGUGUCCCAGAGGUGAAAUGUUGACAAUGAAUCAACUAUGGAGACAUGGCUACAGGGUUAUUGUCUCAUAUGAAGAUGAGAUUUCUGUGCAAAGGCACGAGGAGUUAUGGCCUGGAAUCUCAUAUUGGUGGGGAAAUAAGGUGAAAGCAAAUGAUCUGAUCUGUUAUUUGGAAUCAAUGAAAGAAUCUGGACGUCCAGAUGAAUUAUUUGUUGCAGGGAUUAACCUUACUGAAAACUUUCAAUAUAUUUUGGCCCAUCCAUCAGAAUCAUUGAAGAAAAUGACUUUUCUUAACCUCCCAUGCCUGUAUGCAUGGGUUCGGAAACAGUGUCCUGGGCCAGGGACAAAGUGCACCAAUAUCAUUGCUGGAGAUUUCAUAGGAGCUGAUAGUUUUGUCAGUGAUGUCAUUGCUCUCAAUCAAAAACUUCUUACAGACUGACCAUGUUCCAUACUUUUUUUUGACAUGAGGCAUUCAUCUUGCUCUUUGGUUCGUUAGGUUUCCCAAAUGAUUAAAUCUCCAAGAAUUUAGUUUUAUCUGAGGAUAUGUGAUUUCAUUAUGUGAGUACUCCCUCCACUUAUAUAGAUUACAAUCCCUCCAUAUCUUAGUGGACAGUUUAUUGAAUUGCUGUGGCUGACAAAAAAAAAUUUGUCUUCUAGAGCAGUCUACCUUCUGGUCACACUUCUUCAAAUUUAGACCAUUGUUUGGUUUGUAUUAAAAGCCUUUCAAGCAGAAUUCAAGUUCAAGAAGUCAAGGUUACCUUCAUUCUACAAUGAAAUAUCCAAAUCAGACUCUAGCGGAAGAUAUGAUUAUGUAAUAUAGAGUGAAACAGUGAAACAUCUGGAAAGGAGAAGGAGAAGGAAGAGGAGGAGGAGGAGGAGAAGGAGGAGGAGGAGGAGGAGAAGAAGAAGAAGAAGAAGAAGGAGAAGGAGAAGGAGAAGGAGAAGGAGAAGGAGAAGGAGGAGAAGGAGGAGAAGGAGAAGGAGAAGGAGGAGAAGGAGAAGGAGAAGGAGAAGGAGAAGGAGAAGGAGAAGGAGAAGGAGAAGGAGAAGGAGAAGGAGAAGAAGCCAGCAUGUAUUUAAAGUGAAGAUUACUCAGGGUAAAAGAAACUCACCAUUGUAUACUUUAGUUCUUGAAAAGACCACCCUCAGAAUAGCAUUUUGACAAAGGCAAAGAUGUGCCCACAGAUGCAACUGAAUAUGAAAAGGUUUUUAUAUCCUUGUUAGAAAAGUAUGAUUGUCUCGGAUUUCUCCUCAGAAUUUUAUAUCCAUUGCUUAUUUUUUUUAGCUUCAUUAGAAACCCUGUGGGCUUUCCUCUUCCCUGGCCCUGGAGGCUUGCCUGUGGCUUAACUGAUUUGAUUCAGUGUUUCCAGUUAUAAAACAGAACACAUUUCUUGAGAUGUUUGAGAACAGUUUAUUACACAGAUUAAAGAUGUUAAUAUAUUCAUUAUUAUAACCAGAACUUUUAUUAUAUUGUAUAAGCAGUAUUAAAAACAUAUUCCUAUUAUAUUUUACCAGAGGUUCAUUAAGCUCUGGCACAUCCAUCUGGAUCAGUAAUGAAAUUGAUUCUGAUCUACCUCCCACAGGAAUGCAUCAUUUCUUUAAUGAACUUCUACUUUUUCUUCCUGCCAACACCUCAUUUUGUUCCUACAGGGACUUUUUUUUACCAUUUUCAUGUUGCUUCAUAUUCACUUGCUUUCUAUGGAUUCCUGAGCAAUUCUUCCAACCCAAAUGUUCAUAUGAGCUAUUAUGCCCACCCUGUAGUAGAGCCUUUUGGAUUGGUCAGAUCAACCACAAUUGGACACUCUGUACACGAACACCUACACAGUGAUGUCUUUUUGGUCCCCUUUUUGUACGAAGGACAACAACCAACCAAGUGACCCCUACUGAUUCCCUUUGUUUAAAAUUUUUAAGUUUUAAAAAACUUAAGUUUUUAAAAAUUUCUUGUCCUCAAUCUUGAGCUUUGUAUUAUAUUUAAAGUUGAAAUUUUGCCUUCUUCCAAGUUUAUAAUUAUUUAUUUUUCUUUUUGCAGUAUCUGUAUCUUGCAAGCAAUCUCUUUGUCACACACUCAUCCUCUUUUCACAUACUAACUUUGUGUCCAAGUUUCAAAAAUGAAAAGGCUACAUUACCUCAUUUUCUUUCUGUAGCUUUAAGAUACUGUGACUUUAGGCUUUAUGACAAUAGCAUAAUUAUAAGUCAUAUUUAUUCUUUCAUUUUCCUUAUAAGGAGGAAUGGUUUAAGCAUGGCUUUUGAAAACAUGUGAUGAAACAUGCUUCCUGCCUCCUGACAGAGGUGAUGUACUGGAGGUACAGAAUGAGGCAAAGAUUUCUGACAUGACUACUGUGUGGAUCCGAUUCUCCUGUUUGAUGAUACUUAUUUGUUAUAGGAGACAAAGGUUUUUUUGGGGGGAGUGGAAAAGUUUCAUGCCAGGAAAAAAGAAAAGAGAGAUGGUCAAUGAAGCAAUUAGAAAAUACAUAGAAGACAGCAGAAGGAAUCUCGGAAAGAGACAGAGACAAGCAAGACAGUCUUAAGAAUUACUAUUAAAUUUAUUAUCUAUUUUAAAGCAAAAGCUGUAUAUGGUAGACAUUCAUGUUUUCGUACAGAAUUCUCUUUUCCUAUUAUUCAUUGUAUAUGGAAAUUGUUUUUAUUUAUAUUGGAUAAAUUCAUGAUAAAAAAUUAAAAUUUAAAAAAUAA